AGAGGCGACGUGCAGGCGGCAUCACACUGGUUCACACUCAGUACAGCUCUCACCGCCCUGUUCGCGUCCGCUCCACCACGCCCCAGUGCCCCACACACCCCGAACACUCCGCGGACAGAGGAAGCGCAGGCACGAGAACAGCUCAGUCGCGGCGAGUCCCGGCCUCCCGGGUCUCCAGCGAGGAGAGAGUGGCGACUGGUGGCGCGGGCUCCCUCCGAAGUUCUCCGCGGCGCCUCGGCGCAAUGCUGGCUUUCCCCCUGGGCGGUUCGGCCUGAGUUGCAUCACGGUUCUCGAAUCGGCCUCUCCUUCGCAUGGUUCCGGCCAGAGCUUGCAUCUUGCCGCGCAAAACGCAAGGAGGGAGAGUGGGAGGGUGUCGUUUUGGGUUUCGCCAAAAGUCAUAUCUUCACUUUACUGGGUGCACAAUCGGUUGCGCGGUGUGAUGGAUUCGAGUAGGACCGUGCCAGCCUAUAGCCCAUCCAGCCCAUGAGAACAAAGGCAUUAAUUCACCUCAGCCCCACCAAAGGUCCAAAGCGCUCGUCUUUUCUCAUCUCCCCUUUGGUUUCUUGCAUUGCAUCAGAGAGCUUUAGCUUUUAUGUGCUAGCCUUGUCUGUGCUGUGCCAUCACUUUUGGUGCUUCUUCAGAGCGCAACGGCAUGACUGCUGCAUCAGGCGUAUGUGGAAGGUUAGGUGAGGUGUAAUAUGUAAUGCAGUACUAUAUGCUGUCACUGGUACAUGAGGGAGAUCACCUCCAAGUAAAGGAAUCUAGCAGUUUUCCCUUUGGGAGACUUCGGCAAAACAGUUCUUGGCAUUAUCUGCUACUGUUUUCUUAUGAAGAUGGUUAGUUAGUACUAAUCCUAAUUAUAUUGCUCGGGGACAGUUUUUUAUUUUACAGUUAAUAUGUUAAAAUAAUGAGUUAUGUGCUUUAUUAAAAGGAGGCUGGUGACCGAUGAAUGAUGGCUACUUUCUGAUGUGGUAUGGGUGGUUUGCUUUUGUCAUAUGCUCCUGAUCCCAACCCCAACUGCCCCAUUUAGGGCUUGUUCGGUUAUUCCCAAAACACAUGGAUUGGAUGGGAUUGGAAAAAAAUGAGAAGAGAUUUGACUUGUUUGGGUUUCAAACCCAUCCAAUCCCACUCAAUCCACAUGGAUUGAGAGCUAACCGAACAAGCCCUUAAAAAGGAUGAUAAACUGUGGCAGGUCAGUUUGAUGGUUUCUCUUAGGUUGAGACUAGAGGAAAAGACAAUGAUGGUCAUUUGUGUUUCCUUUUGGAGAGGCUCUCACUACUGGCAGUUGAGAAAUAUGAAGCGCCCUGCAUUUGACCAUGCUAGCUCCAGCUGCCAAAGUGAAUUAUUCUGGGUUAUGCAAAGUCAUAGUGUUGGUAGGUACAGCUUGAGUGGCUCCCAAUGCCACCCUGAAACUCUCAAAUAAUUUGUCAUGUUGUAUAAGCUGCACUGUUUCUUAUUUAGUGUUCUAAAGUUUUUUUGUAGGUUUAGGGUGUCAUGAUUCUGUUUAGGCCAUAUGAGUACUAUUUUGUAAUAGAAUAUCUACUAGUAUUUCUUUCUGGCUAAGGAUUCUGUCUUUGAAAUGAACUAAGAUUUGACCUCGAUUUUGAAAAAUAGGGAGACAUGCUACUCGUUGAUUGUUAACACAAGUAAAUGUCUCACUCCCCACCUAUCUAUAUUUGUAAUAGCUUUGUAUUUUUGGGAUCCAAAUAUUUGAUGUACUAUUUUCUGCAAUAUUGCCAACAUGUGCAAGAUGUGUUCCUCACACUUUUUGUCAAAUUUCUCAGGUUCUAUUAAUCAUCUUUUUUUUUCUUAAUAGGAAGUUAGUGAUGAAAGUAUAUCAGAGGACAAUAGCUUAUGCAUCAUGCUUACUAUCCUUAUUUCCUUAUAAACUAUGAUUUUAUUGUUAUGCUCUAUUUUCACUAACUUUUGUUUCUAUUUCUGUACUGCUAGAGGAUUGAAGUUACGGUGGAAAAGCGUGUAUAGUAGGGCUCAACCAAUUCUCUUCAAGCAAGUCUCAGCCAUGCAACAUCUUACAGUGAUAGCCUUCGUGGCUGCUUCUCUCAUUGCAAGCAUUCCACAUGCCAAAAGUGCUGAUCUGAACUCUGACAAACAGGCUCUUCUCGCAUUUGCUGCAUCACUGCCUCGUGGCAGGAAGCUCAACUGGAGCUCCACCACACCUGUCUGCACUUCUUGGGUGGGGGUGACAUGCACGCCAGAUAAGAGCCGUGUACAUACACUGCGCCUACCUGCUGUAGGACUUUUUGGUCCAAUACCAUCAGACACCCUUGGGAAGCUUGAUGCCCUGGAGGUAUUGAGCCUUAGGUCAAAUCGCCUUACUGUCGACCUCCCUCCUGAGGUAGGAUCUAUUCCUGCCCUCCAUUCCCUCUACCUUCAGCAUAAUAACCUGUCUGGAAUCAUACCAACUUCCCUCUCUUCCAGCUUAACAUUCUUAGACCUGUCAUACAACACUUUUGAUGGAGAAAUUCCAUUGAAGGUGCAAAAUCUUACUCAACUUACUGCAUUGCUUCUCCAGAAUAACUCACUUUCUGGACCUAUUCCUGACCUCCAACUUCCCAAAUUGAGACAUUUGAAUUUGAGCAACAAUAACCUCAGUGGGCCAAUACCACCUUCUUUGCAGAGGUUUCCAUUAAGUUCCUUCUUAGGGAAUGCUUUUCUGUGUGGCUUUCCUUUGGAACCAUGUUUUGGAACUGCACCUAUUCCUUCUCCAGUAUCACCACCAUCACCCAAUAAGAUCAAGAAGAGCUUCUGGAAAAAGAUCAGAACUGGUGUGAUAAUUGCAAUUGCUGCUAUUGGAGGGGUAUUGUUGCUUAUUUUGAUUCUCAUGCUCGUGAUAUGUAUUUUCAAGAGAAAGGGACACACUGAACCUACCACAGCUUCGUCCAAAGGAAAAGCUAUUGCAGGUGGAAGGGCAGAAAAUCCUAAGGAAGACUACAGCAGUGGUGUUCAGGAAGCAGAGAGGAAUAAAUUGGUUUUCUUCGGGGGUAGUUCAUAUAAUUUUGACUUGGAGGAUUUGUUGAGAGCUUCUGCUGAAGUCCUUGGAAAAGGAAGUUAUGGAACCACCUACAAAGCUGUUCUUGAGGAUGGAACCACAGUUGUUGUCAAAAGAUUGAAGGAAGUGGUGGUUAGCAAGAAGGACUUUGAACAGCAGAUGGAGAUAAUUGGCAGGGUUGGCCAGCAUCAAAAUGUCAUUCCAUUGCGGGCUUAUUAUUACUCCAAGGAUGAGAAAUUGUUGGUGUUUGAUUAUGUCCCAUCUGGUAGCCUUGCUGUUGUUUUGCAUGGGAAUAAAGCUGAUGGAAGGGCUCCAUUGAACUGGGAGACAAGGGUCAAGAUAUCUCUGGACGUAGCCCGUGGAAUCGCACAUCUUCAUGCUGAGGGAGGAGGGAAGUUCAUCCAUGGCAACAUCAAAGCGUCGAACGUCCUUCUAUCGCAGAACCUCGACGGUCGCGUCUCCGAGUUCGGCUUGGCACAGAUCAUGACCACUCCACAGACGUCCCUGCCACAGCUUGUCGGAUACCGAGCACCAGAAGUCCUCGAGACGAAAAAAACGAUCCAGAAGUCCGACGUCUACAGCUUUGGUGUCUUGCUCCUUGAAAUGCUAACCGGAAAAGCCCCUCUCAGGUCUCCCGGUCGCAAGGAUUCCGUAGAGCACCUCCCAAAAUGGGUGCGGUCUGUGGUUCGCGAGGAGUGGACCGCGGAGAUCUUCGACGUGGACCUGCUGAGGCACCCCAACGUCGAGGACGAGAUGGUACAGAUGCUCCAGAUCGCGAUGGCGUGUGUGGCCGCCGACCCCGAGCAGCGGCCUAGGAUGGACGAGGUGAUCAGGAGGAUCACGGAGAUCCGGAAUUCUUACUCUUCUUCUUCUGGGACAAGGACGCCCCUGGAGGACAGGCCAGAGACCGCGCAAGCACCGUGAUAGUAGUUUAGCAAGAGAUGUUAGCUAGGUUGCAUAGUGAAUUGGUUAUAGAGCUUCGGCAAAGUUGAUAGCCACCUGCAUAGCGCAGUUUCCGUCGGUUCCAUAUCGUUUCCAGUAAAUCUGUUGUGCAUUUUCUUUUUUCCGUCGGUUCCAGUAAAUCUGAUUGACAGUCCAUGCCAUUGUAUUGCUAAGUUAAAUCAGUAUCUCUUCUGAUUUUCAUAGGAUAGUGUCGUUCUGUAAUUUGACAUAAUCUCCUGAGGCCGUGAUUAAUGAUUUGAAUUUCCCUUCUA